UGAGUGAUGUUGUCUGGGGAUCGGUGACUCUCUUGAAUUGAUGAAUGUGCUGAGCAUCACUUUGCUUUUAAAUCCAACUUUACCAGAAAGUUCUUUCCUUUAUUGAUUUUUUGCACUCAGGGCCCCAGAAAUGGGGGACAGCUAUGCUUACCCUUCAGUUUUUGUUGUGGAUGGACGGACAGACACUGUCCCUUUCGCAACCUCGGCUAAACAGAAAAAUUUGACUUUCACACACAAGUUCCUUCUGAUGCUGGUGCUAUUGGCUCUGAUUGGGGAUGGACUUGGAGCAUUUUAUCUGUGGAGACUGCGAUCUGAUGUUCAGCAAUUCAGCUCUAUGUUCUUAGCAGCCAAGAACACUUCUCUUAUGGUCGGAAGUAUCCAAGACAUGAUCUUCCAAGAUUCAUCAAAGCCUGCAGCUCAUGUUACUGGAUGUAACUGCAGUGCCUAUGAGUAUGGCCGACUGCAGUGGGCGCACAACAGAGGGAUCGCUUUCUUGCGUGGAAUUGACUAUAAGGAAGGAGCUUUGGUGAUUAAAAAAUCGGGACAUUACUUCAUUUACUCCAAGAUCCUACUGGGAGAAAUAAGUUGUAAUGAUGAUAAAAAUGGGUUUUUGAAACAGACAGUUUUCAAAGAAGGAGCAGCGUAUCCACAACCUAUUGAAUUAAUGGCUGUUCGGAAAUUCUUCUGUACAGGGGAAAAUCCAGACCAUUGGCUGGACAAUAGCUACCUGGGGGCAAUAUUUGAUUUCAAUGAAGGGGAUCAUGUGUUCAUUAAAAUAACAGAUAAAAAACUUUUGAGAAUCUCCAAUGACGCAGAAACAUUCUUUGGCGCUUUUAUGAUUUAAUAUAUCUAUCAGACUUCCUAUUCAUUUGUCUCAUUCAGUAAGUGAACACCUACUGCAAACAUGUGCUCAUUUCCUGCUUUGCUGAUGUGAAUGUCUAAGUGUACCACUCGAUAGUGAUUAACUAAGCAUGUAUUUUUGUUUUUAAAAUGGAAGCAUUUACUCCGAAACAUGAGCUGGAAUCUUGUUGUAGGUUUGAAUGUGCCCACCUGCCUCAUUUCUACUGCUAGCAGCAGCACAAGGUUCUGGCUAAUGUAAAGAUGUGCCACGGUACAUGCCAACAUAAUGUCCAUUUAAUAUUCAUCAUUGUUUUUAUAAAUCUUUAUUUAUUGCUGCUUCUCUGGUAUUUUCUUAUUGUAUUACAGAUUACAAUGCCCACUUAGUCCCAGAAUGAGAAAAUUGUUCAAUUUACUGUUUUACAAUUUGUAUAACACUGAUGAUGGGAUUGAAGUCCUUACCUUUAAAAUCCCUAGUUGUCCUUGGAAGGUAAUGGUGAGCCACUGCCUUCUUGAACUGCGGCCAUCCAUGUGGUGAAGGUGCCCUGCAGUGCUGUUAGGUAGGAAAUUCCUCAUUUUGACCCAGCGAUGACAAAGGAAUGCCAAUAUAUGUCCAAGUUGGGAUGGUGUGUGACUUAGAGAAGGUGGCGUUCCCAUGUACUGACUUGUCCUUCUAGGCGGUAGAGAUCACGGGUUUGGAAGACGCUGUCAAAAAAUCUUGGCAAGUUGCUGCAGUGCACCUUGCAGGUGGUACCCACUGCAGCCAUAGUGUGCAGGUGCUGAAGGGACUGGAUGUUUAAGGUCGUGGAAGGGACGCCCAUCAAGCGGGCUGCUUUGCCCUGGAUGGUGUCGAGCGGCUUGAGUGUUGUUGGAGCUGUACUCAUCCAGGUUAAGUGAAGAGUAUUCCAUUACACUCCUGAUUUCUAGGUGGUGAAGAGGCUUCGGGAAAUCAAGAGAUGAGCCACCCACUGCAGGAUUCCCAGUCAUUCACCUGCUGUAGUAACGAAUAUGUGUAUUUACUAUUGCUUUCAUAUGCUGUCUGAUCGGCCUUGUCUCAGUAUAUGCGUUCAAACUCCCCUCUGUUUGUGCUAUCCCAUUGCGGUUACCCCCUUCGCGUAUGAAAACAAAAUACUGCGGAUGCUGAAAUCUGAAAUAAAAACAGUAAAUACUGGAAGUACUAAGCAGGUCAGGCAGCAUCUGUGGAGAGAGAAACAGAGCUAAUGUUUCAGGGCAGUGCUUUUUCAUCAGAACAGUUGCUGUCAGACCUACCGAAUGUUUCCAGCAUUUUCUUUUUUAUUACCCCCAACCCACCCACCUUUCAUAUGUCCUAUUCCAGAAACUCUAUUUUUAAAAAAUCUACUAUUCCUAAAGGACUCUCUACCUUAAUCUGUCCAGUCCUGACAAGACUCUACCUCAGAACGCAUACUUUACUCUGCACUGUCCUUUCACUCGAUUCCACCUUGACAGAACUGCCCACCUCAGCUGGGCACUGUUGGUUAUAUGAUGGUUUAUGUGUUAUCUGACAUGUGAUACUAAAGUUAUGUUCUGUACAUUGUUGGCUGCCAUUUUAUAUUAUUGUGGUUUAAUUUGU